CCUGACAUCACACCCAAACAGGAAGUGCCUCCUAAUUAUCACACAAUCUAUGGAGUAAACAUCGAAACAAUUCAUUUAUUAUAACUCGUUAACAUGUCUCAAGAUCCCUGGUUACAGAAUUAUGAUGCCACUUGCCGCCUUGUUCAAGAAAUUGCAGAGAAUAUUCAUGAAAGAAACAGACAACAGAGGACAGGAGGGAAUCCUGCAAAGAUCAACAUGACACUGCGAGCGUCGCUGCAGAAGCUGAAACAAAACAUCAACCAGCUCAGAGAGAGUUUGCUCCGAGCCUCAUCCUCUCGGCGCAUAAUGCAGUCAGAAGCCGAUCGGAGACAGAAUCUUGUUGACGACCUGGUCACCAGGGACAAGCAGCUAAAUGCCACGUUCAAGGGUGAUGUUACACAUCCAGAGCUCUCGAGGUCGACCCUGAUGCCAGGGGCGGGGGGAGAAGGAGGGACCUCGGCCAACCCCUGGCUGGUCAACGAGUCAGAGGAGACCAGGGGCCUGGGCUUCUCCGCGAUCAAACAGCAGCAGCAGCGCAUCGUCGAGGUUCAGGAUGCUGGGUUGGACGCGUUAGCCGCCGUCAUCACCCGACAGAAGCUGAUGGGUCAGGAUAUAGGCAACGAGCUGGACGGGCAGAAUGAAAUCAUCGAUGACCUCACCCACCUGGUGGACAAGACGGAUGACCGGAUCCGCAACGAGACACGAAGGGUUAAGCUGGUGGAGACUAAGUCGGCUUCCUGCGGGAUGCUGGUGGUGAUAGUUCUCCUGCUCAUUGCUAUAGUGGUGGUUGCUGUGUGGCCCACCUAACGAAGAGGCUGAGGGGAGCGUUUUGGACGUCGCACCGUCCGUCAGAUGACCACUGAGACUGCGUGGAGAGCCUACAGGGGAGACGAGGCGCAGAGGCACUUAUGCAGGUAUGUAUCAAGCGUGCUGAUUUAGGACCAGGUUUGCCUUUUAUAUCCCAAUGAAUAAAAUGACAUAGACAAGGCAGACCUGAUUCUAGAUCAGCACUCCUAGAAUGAGACGCUUGAUACAUACGGCCCCAGUGCUUCCAAGCCCUCUAACAUACCACCCCUGUGCCCUGUUAAACACACACAUACACUAAUAAUGACACACACACACUCUUCCACCUCCCUCCCUCUAUAUUUCCUCUCUCCUUUCCCCUUGUAUGAAAAUCGGAUGCAUUGUACUGUUCGCUACUGUACCUCGACACUUGGAGAGUUGAGCCCUGGCUUAUAGGGAACCAGCAACAAUGUUUUAUUUUCUUACGUGGGUGUUGGUUGGGUAACGGGUAGCACUGACCCUACUGUAGGACCUCCCAUGGGGGGGUACUUUUUCUUUUCUAAUACUGUCUGUGGGCUGAGAGGUCCGGGGUUCCGGGUCGCUAAUUCUGCUAGCUUAGCAAUUCACUCACACAUAUCAUCUCUCACAUAUCUAUACAUGAAGUAUUAUUAUUAUAUUUACCCACUAGCAGUUCUAAUGCUAUCAUUUGUCUUGGGAUUUGAUCAUGUUUGUAGGAUAAUUCCAGCCAAAACAAAUAACACGUAUGACUGUGUCACUUUUUAACAUGAACGUGAAUCAGUUUAGCUCAAUGCAACCUUGUCAUUUCUAAUAAACAACAUUUACAGUUAA